AUGGAGGCGGAUGGUGGCAGUGAUCCAGGGCUGUCCUGGAAGAACCUAGAGAUGUCCAGAAAGCAAGUGGACAAGCCAAACUGCAAGGAAGGAGAGAUUUCAACCAGAGUAUCCAAAACUCAACAACAAAGAGAAAGCAAAGCUAAUCCUCGAUACCACCAUAUUAGCCUUUUGAUGGCUGGGAUUAUUGCCUCUGCCCGGGCUGGUGAGACUCAUUUCACUGACACGAGAAAAGAUGAACAGGAAAGAUGUAUUACCAUCAAAUCCAUAGACUCGUACUCCAAGAAUAAGGUAAGUGCCAUCUCUCUCUUCUAUGAGCUAUCUGAGAACGACUUAAACUUCAUCAAGCAAACUAAAGAUGGUUCUGGUUUUCUUAUCAACCUCAUCGACUCUCCUGGGCAUGUGGACUUUUCAUCCGAAGUGACAGCUGCUCUCCGGGUCACUGAUGGUGCCUUGGUAGUUGUGGAUUGCGUAUCUGGAGUGUGUGUACAGACAGAGACAGUACUACGCCAGGCAAUUGCUGAGAGAAUUAAGCCUGUUUUGAUGAUGAAUAAAAUGGACCGGGCACUCCUUGAGCUGCAGCUGGAACCUGAAGAACUGUACCAGACAUUUCAAAGGAUUGUGGAGAAUGUGAAUGUCAUCAUUUCCACAUAUGGGGAAGGGGAAAGUGGUCCAAUGGGUAAUAUUAUGAUUGAUCCAGUCCUUGGUACUGUUGGGUUUGGUUCUGGACUGCACGGCUGGGCCUUUACUUUGAAGCAAUUUGCUGAGAUGUACGUUGCAAAGUUCGCUGCCAAGGGUGAAGGUCAGCUGGGACCAGCUGAAAGGGCCAAAAAAGUGGAGGACAUGAUGAAGAAGUUGUGGGGUGACAGGUUUUUUGAUUCUGCCAAUGGCAAGUUUAGCAAAUCUGCCACCAGCCCUGAUGGAAAAAAAUUGCCCAGAACUUUUUGUCAACUCAUUUUGGACCCCAUCUUCAAAGUUUUUGAUGCAAUUAUGAACUUCAAGAAAGAGGAUACCACUAAACUGAUUGAGAAGUUAGAUAUCAAGUUGGACAGUGAAGACAAGGACAAGGAGGGCAAACCUCUUCUGAAGGCUGUGAUGAGACGCUGGUUACCUGCUGGAGAUGCUCUGCUUCAGAUGAUCACCAUUCAUCUGCCUUCCCCUGUGACAGCUCAGAAAUACCGCUGUGAACUUCUGUAUGAAGGCCCUCCUGAUGAUGAGGCUGCUAUAGGUAUUAAGAGUUGUGAUCCUAAAGGUCCCUUAAUGAUGUACAUCUCUAAAAUGGUUCCAACCUCAGACAAGGGUCGCUUCUAUGCCUUUGGACGGGUCUUUUCUGGUGUUGUUUCCACUGGCCUGAAAGUCAGAAUUAUGGGACCAAAUUAUACUCCUGGCCGGAAAGAAGAUCUGUACUUGAAGCCAAUCCAAAGAACAAUUUUGAUGAUGGGCCGUUAUGUUGAGCCUAUUGAAGAUGUGCCUUGUGGUAACAUUGUUGGUCUGGUUGGGGUGGAUCAAUUCCUUGUGAAGACUGGUACCAUCACCACUUUUAAGCAUGCUCAUAACAUGAGGGUAAUGAAGUUCAGUGUCAGUCCUGUGGUGAGAGUAGCUGUUGAAGCAAAGAACCCAGCUGAUUUGCCUAAACUGGUGGAAGGCCUCAAGCGUUUGGCCAAAUCUGAUCCUACGGUUCAGUGUAUCACUGAAGAGACUGGAGAACAUAUUAUUGCUGGUGCUGGAGAGUUGCACCUGGAAAUCUGCCUAAAGGAUCUUGAAGAGGAUCAUGCAUGUAUUCCCAUUAAGCUUGGAGUUCAUGGGGCAACUGGCCCUGAAACACCGGACCCCUACAAACAGACAGUGUAUUCCUUCAUUGUAGCAGCUCAGCAGAGCAACAACAAAAGGACGUGCCCUGCAACCAUGCUGGAGGACAGAAAAGAAAAAGAGACCAUGAUGCAAGUAUCAGAAUACACUCCCACCUGA